AUGUACCUACCUCCAAGGAAUGAUGGCCGCAAGGAUUCAGGGUCCUCCUGGCGGCGCGAGUGGACGGGGAAGUGCAGGCGCGAGUGCUCGGUGCAGGUGCAGGCCGUUGCGCCUGCUUGGAAGGGAUGCCUGUCGUUGUCGUCAGACACAGUCCCGGCACUCUCGAGGGCCCAGCAAGCCCAGGUCGAGGGCCCAGCUCGAGGGCCCAGCUCGAGGGCCCAGCUCGAGGCCAAUGCACCCUGCGGACAAUUCUCCUACACCCCCGGUCUCGCCUCGAGGAGAGUACCGCAUCGCUCCCGUUGUCAAGCUGGCACCCCCCACAAGCCGCAGUCAAGACGGACGGGCGAAAAGCUUGCGAGAUGCCGGAGAUACAUCCAAUUUGGUCCGUCUCCCCCCGAUGUGACAGCGGCUGGGGCAUCCCAAAAGCUCGAUGAGCCGCAACCCUGA